CAUAUGCCCAGGGUGGACUCUGUUAUGGGGUCAUUUCCUUCCAAAGGGAAGCUGCAGCCUCACUGGUCAUGGCCGCCUGAGCCUGGAUGUCCGUGUGGCAGAAACCAAGGAUGGGCAGGAACCCACUUACACCGUCCCCAGGGCGUGCGGCCCACCCUGCUCUGGAGGAAUCCAUUCUCAUGAGGACUCAGGGCUGCAAGAUGUACAAAAGGCCUGGAUUAAGGCACAUCUUACUCCCUGAAACUAAGUAGUGAAAGACUGCUACCCACAGCAGCACAGAGGAGAGGAAUUCAGACAGAGCCUGCCUGGCCCAAGGCGAGGUGGCAGCUCCCUGCUGUCCCGGGGAGCACAGACCCUGGGAGGAGGGUGAGUUCCGGCCCCACUGCAUCACUGCCCACUUGUGCUGCAGAGAACCCCAACUCCUAUUCCCGGAGGUGGGUGAAGAAACCUUAAGAAACCCGGGGCUGUCUUUACCAAGGCUCGGGCUCAGGGUUUCUCCAGAUGUUUCCGUUGUUGACAGCUGCUCAAGCAGGCUCGUCCCUGCACAUGGCAGAGACGAACUCGUGUGGAAGAAGGACAAAACCAGAGAGCCAGGCUCCCCUUUCCCAUCGCAGGAAGCUGUCUUGGCCAUGUAACAUAUGCUUGCUGAGGGUGUUCUGUGUUACCCACCAAUGGAAGGAAAGAGUUUUAAGAGUUCUCAAAUAAGGGCACAUCCAGCAGCAAGGUUCUGGUUGGGGACUGGGCACUGGGGACCCCUGGGAGCUCAGUCACAACCCUGCAGAACCCGGUUCACAGAGGAGCGGGCGUGGUGGAAAGUUGAUGUGGGCACCCACAACCUUGUUGGGGAAUUGAAUGAGAAAUAAGGAGAGUGAACUAGAAAGUCCCCUGGAGAAAGCAGCAAAACUCAGAUGAACUUCUCUGAGUUCUCUUCUCAAAGAGAAGGGGGGAUUCCCAAAAUAAGUUGGAUUGUUAUCUCCUUAGGAAACGUAGAAGGGUGAAGGACAAGGGCACAUCGAUUCUGUAAUGAUUAACAUAAGUGGGGCACCCAGCCCUGCAGUGACGUGCCCUUCUGUUAAUUGGCUCGAUGACAGCAUAAGACAAAGGAAUCCCACGUAGGAGACUCAGUCGGAGCCGAAAAGUCAGCUGCUCCUACAUCUGCGGAGAUGGCUGCGGGGCCCCUGCUUCCCCUCCCGGCACUCACGGGGCUGCUGCUCUGCCUGUGUGCUGGGCUCUGGGCUGAGGGCGGGAAGGUGCUGGUGGUCCCCAUGGAGGGCAGCCACUGGCUCAGCAUGCGGGAGGUCGUGGAGGAGCUCCACGCCAGGGGCCACCAAAUAGUGGUCCUUUCACCGGAGGUGACUUUGCACAUCAAGGAGGAAGACUUUUUCACCCUGAAAACCUACGCCACUUCGUACACCCAGGAAGAAUUUCAGGACAUCAUGCUGGGACAGAGCUACCUGAUUUUUGAAAGAAUGCAUUAUCUAAGAACAUUUUGGAAAACUGUGGAAAUUAUGAAAAAUAUGUCUCUCAUGUUUCAAAAGUCUUGUGAGGAGCUGGUGCAUAACAAGGACCUGAUCAGGCAAUUGAAUGCCAACGCCUUUGACGUGGUCUUGACGGACCCCCUCUACCCCUGCGGGGCAGUGCUGGCUCAGUACCUGUCCGUUCCUGCUGUGUUUUUUUUGCGUGCCCUUCCAUGUGACUUUGAUUCUGAGGGCACACAGUGCCCAAACCCUUCCUCAUAUAUUCCUAGGCUACUAACGAGGCUUUCAGACCACAUGACAUUCCUGCAAAGGGUCAAGAACAUGCUCUACCCUCUGGUCAUGAAGUAUGUUUGCCACAUUUCUUUAUCUCCUUAUGCAAGCCUGGCCUCUGAGCUUUUUCAGAGAGAGGUGUCACUGGUGGAUGUUUUCAGCUACGCAUCCCUGUGGCUGUUCAGAGGGGACUUUGUGUUUGACUACCCCAGGCCGGUCAUGCCCAACAUGGUCUUCAUUGGGGGCAUUAACUGCGCCCACAGGAAGCCACUGUCUCAGGUCUGUAUCUGUGCUUAUAUGCAAUCCAUGUGUCGGGCAGGGCGCGUUUUAAUUUUUAAACUGGUUCCAGGUGCUGCCGUACCUUCCCAUCUUCUCUGUGGGUUUCUUCCUCUCAUUCUUCGUCUAAGCCUUUGGUGAGAUAGAUUGUUCCAGUGGCGUCAGUCGUGCGGUGAAGGUCUGUGAUGGUCAGUAAGAGGAAUGAGAGGUGGGGGUGAAGUUCCGGGAUAGGGUUCACACACGGCGGUGUGGUUCCCGUGAUUGUCCUUUGGUGAAGGCACCCUCUUUACGUUUGUGCAAUUUUCGCUGGCUGGGUAGGAGCGGAGACACUGAGUCACGAACUGAGUCCCAGUAGGGGCCCUGGUCCGCCACCCAGGCAUCUGCCCUGACUGGUAAUCGAACUUGCGACCCUUGGAUUCAUAGGCUGGUACUCAAUCUGCUGAGCCACACCAGGCAGGGCUACUGUUUUAAAAAAUUUGGUGUGUAUUUUAUACUCAGAGCACAUUUCGGUCUGCACUAGGAACGUUUCAAAUGGUCCCUAGGUACCACUGACAGCUCCUGUAUCAGGCAGCACACAGGCAGUUCUUGUGGAUGUUCCACUGAUGCUCUUAAAAUGCAUAUUUUUAAUGUUUGUAUUAAAAAACCUCAAUGUGCCCAAUUCUGCAAAAGAUGUCUUAAAUGACACCCUAUUUAAAUGUAGCUCAAUUUAUAUUUGGAAUUUUAAUAGUUUUUGCUUAUAUGUAUAGCUGCGUGAUUGGUGCACAUAGUUUUAUUACUGUGGUACUUUCUUGAUAGUCCAACUUUUAACAUUUUAAAAAUUGUGGUAAAAUACACUGAACGUAAGGUUUACCAUCUUAACCAUGGUAAAGUAUACACUUCACUAACGUUUACUAUUUCACGUAGCUGUGCAACUAAUUUCUAGAACUCCUUUAAUUUCGAGAAUUUGAAACUCUAUUCCUGUUCAACACCGACUCCCCACCCCCCGCCCACCCCCCACCCUGCCUGCCCCUGGCAACGGUCAGUCUUCUACUUCAUGUCUCUGUGAACUUGACUCCUCUGGGUACCCCAUAAAUUUGUCUUUUAUUGUAUUAUAGUAUUUGUCUUUUUGUGAUUGGCUUAUUUCAUUGAGUAUCAUGUCCUCAAGUUGCAUUCACAUUAUGCUGUAUCUUGGAAUUUCCAAUCUGGUUAAGGCUGCCUGAUACUCCAGUGUAUAAUUUAUGGCGUCUGCUUAUCUAUUCACCCUUUGAGAGGCACUGGGAUGACUCUCACCUUUGAGCUGCUGUGAAUAAUGCGGCUGUGCACGUGGGGUUCAGAUAUCUCUUUACGACCUUGCUUUAAGUGAUUUGGGGUUUACACACACAGCAGUGGAAUUGCUGAAUCAUGGGGUAGUUUUCUUUUUAAUUCUUAGAGGAACUGUCCUAUUAUUUUCCAUUGUUGGCACAGUCUUACUUUUCUACCAGUAGAGCACGAGGGUUUCAAUUUCUUCACAUCUUCUCCAUCACUUGUUUUCUUUUUUUUUUUUAAGUAAUCGUUCUAGUAAAUGUGAUGUGGCAUCUCACUGUGGUUUUGAUUUGCAUUUGUAUUUGUGAUGUUGAGCAUGUCUUCAUGUGCUUGUUGGCCAUCUGUGUAUCUGCCUCCAAGAAAUGUUCUUCCAAGUCUUUUGCCCAUUUAUGAAUGUGUUUUUCUUGUUGUUGUUGAGUUUUUAAAGUUGUCUGUGUAUUCUGCAUAUUAAUUGUUCAGCAGAUAAAUGAUUAGCAAAUAUUUUCUCUCAUUUUGUGGGGUUUUUUUUUACUCUGUUGAUAGUAUCAUUUGAUGUACAAAUUUAAAAAUGUUCAUAAAGUCCAAUUUGUCUAUUUUUUAUUACCUGUCUUUGGUGUCAUAUCCGAAAAUCAUUGCCAAAUCUAAUGUCGAAAUUUGUCCUGCAGUUUCUUCUAGGAGCUUUAGUGUGCAUCAGGCUUUGCGUGUGUGUGCUUUAUUUACGUUGAGUUGGUUUUUGCGUGAGGUGUGAGCUCAGGGCCCAGUUUCAUUCUCUAGUAUGUGGGUGUCCAGUUUCCCCAGAAAUCCAUGCUGUGAAGACUGUCUUCCCCCAUUGGAUGCUCUUGCCACCUUUGCCAAAACUCAUUUGGCCAUUUAUGUAAAGUCAUGUCUAUUUCAACUUAAAAACUUCAUUAAAAAACUUGCUUAAAGAGUUUUUAAUAACAUUUUUAAAAUGCCUCUCAUGAUUGUUUCUUCUGCUGUAAGAAUUCUGUAAACUCACAUAAUAUAUAUACUUGAUUUUAUUCCUUCCAUUUGGUAUAGACUCGUUCUUUUUGCUCUUUCUUUCUUUCUUUCUUUCUUUCUUUCUUUCUUUCUUUCUUUCUUUCAUUUUUAACAAGUUUUUUCUUGUGCUGUUGUUACUGUGGAAAUUCUCUGGCACUUUCCCAUGUCUGUCAAUGCAGGGUAGCAGGUGUUCAACCCUCUGCUCUCCUGCCGCCCUCGUCCGCGGACGCCUUUCACGUGGAAAAGCCACUGUUAUCAGGGCGUUGCCUGGGUGGGGCCUUAGGUGAUCGUCAGGGCGGGGCCUACUGUGUGAUCUGGGUGGAUGGUGACUCAGAUAUGGUGCCUGAGAAUGCUGCUGUUUCUUCCACCCUCCCAAUCCCCACCGGAUCUUUACAGCCAGAAGUUGUGGGGACUUACCUUCCGGGCACUAGAACCCUGGGCUGGGUAGUCUGAUGUGGGGCUGGGAUCACUUGCUCCCAAGAUAUCCCUCUGUUUUAUAACCACCACACGUGGGUUUGGGACCAGCUCGCUCAGCGUCUCCACGUCUCCAUGUCUCCAAGUCUCUGCCCUUCCUACCCAUCCAGACGAAUGUGAUUUCUUUAAUUCCUUAGUUGUCAUUCUUCCAUACGGCUUGAUUUCCUGACAGUUCCAAGUGACGUUUGUUUUAUAUUUUAGUUGUAAUUUUGCCGUGGUUGUGCCAAGAGGCAAGCUGCGUUUCCCUACGCCUCCAUCUCAACUGGAAGUUCUAGCACAUGGUCUUUAAAUAUUCUAUUUGAUGUGUGAACCCUGACAAUUUAAAAAAAAAAACAAAGAAGAAAAUGAAA